AUGGCAACUAUAGCAAGUAGUCUUAACAUUGGUACCCAAAGAGCCGUCAUCACCAGCGAGGCUCGACCAGUUCGUCUCGCAGGUCCAGUCCGUUUGAACAAUCCGUGGAUUAUUGGUUCAAGAAGAACGAACCGUGCGGUGACAGUUAGGCCGGUUAGAGCAACCCCAGAAGGAGGGAUAUCGGAUAAAGUGGAGAAGAGCAUCAAGGACGCCGAGGAGACUUGUGCUGGCGACCCAGUGAGCGGAGAGUGUGUAGCUGCUUGGGAUGAGGUUGAGGAGCUUAGCGCAGCAGCUAGCCAUGCUAGGGACAAGAAGAAAGACUCCGACCCUUUGGAGGAAUACUGCAAAGACAAUCCUGAGACUAACGAAUGUCGGACUUACGACAACUGA